AUGGCCAAGAUGUUGUGCAGCCCCUUGGCCAUCUUCUCCCGUCAACGGCGGAGGCCCAACGAAAAGACGGAGGUGGACCUGGUAGGUGAAGUGCAAGGCAAGACCUGCAUCGUCGUGGAUGACAUCGCAGAUACCGCAGAGACGCUGUGCCAAGCCGCCGACAAAUUGAAGGCGCGAGGGGCCUCUGCGGUGAUUGGUGCAGUGGUGCACGGAAUCCUCUCGGAUCCGGCCUGCGAAAGCAUCAUGAAGUCCCAGCUGGAGACCGUCUUUGUGACUGAUACCAUUCCCUUGGACGACAAGUUGGAUAAAUGUCCCAAACUUUCUGUCGUCUCUGUUGCCUCGUUAUUGGCCAACGUGGCUGAUCUGCAGCUGAUCCACGGUCAUAGGGCCACGACCCCCACGGCCCGCCCUUUGGCUCUCAGCGGAAAAACUUUGCCGCUGCUCCAACGGAACCGUUGGGGCCGGAGGGGCGGGAAGGUGACUCUGUUGGCGCUGCAUCUGUUUGCUGCGGAAGCGCUUCCAGCCACUUCCCUGCUGCAGGUCACCGUGCAGCUGCAACGCGGCAGUGUGGGGGAGUUGGCCCCCGGAACACUUGAGGCGCUCGAGGCUGGGGCCUUGAACUCCACCAUCGCAGGCCUUUCGCAGCAGGUGGCGCCCAAGGUUGCCCAAAACGUGGCCCAAACGGAGCCCGCGAAGGUCGCAUGUCCUGGCUGCGCACAUGUAGCGUCCGAGGCGGAGCUGGAUCUGCUGACGCAAGUGGAGGAGAAUGAGGAGGACGAGAUGGUGGCCUUGGCGUCGCAGGCGAAGGUCUCCUUGUUGCAAACUGCCUUGGAACAUCAGCACGGCCCAGCGAAAGCCAAGGACCUUGCGCAUUUGCACGCCAGUGGCAUUGAGGAUGCCGAUGAGGCCUUAGCACUGCUGGAUGCUGUCAGUGAGCUGGGCCUAUGA